AACGAGCGUUCGUCUCGUCCAAACAGCCGUUUGUUCGUGUAUUUGUACUACCUAACACGAAUUCGCUACCCUGGCGAUAACUAGUCGAUAACAGCUGAUUGUUAUGUGACGAAAACGUAACAAAUGUGAAUUCUCUAACACGAAUACGACUUCAAAUAAAGAAAAAAAGAGUCAAAUUCAAACGAAAGAGUUUUUGCUAUCGUGUGAGCCGCUAAAAUGGAUAAUUCAAGCAAAAAAGUGUUUAAAAAAACUUCCAGUGCUCAGUUCGAUGUGCUGGUAAAAGAGCUGGAGAAAAAUCCAGACUUGGCAAAAGGCGCUCCAAUGUUUGGUGCGAGUAAGAGCCUGGUAGAACUGCAGUGGAAUGAAUUAGCCAAUAAAUUAAACGCACAUGGACCUCCACAAAGAACAGCUACCGAAUGGAAAAAGAUUUGGGCUGAUCUUAAAAGCCGCACAAAGAAGAAAAUUGCGGAAAAUGCGUCCAGCAUGCAUGCCACAGGUGGUGGACCAUUCCGGCUUUCACCGCUCACCGAUUUGGAGAAGGCCAUCGACCGGAUCUUGCUGGUGUCAAAAGCGGCCACACCAAGUGGUACAGUUCUCGGUGUAAGGCAAGUGGUUGUACGCUCAGAACCAGAGCUUGACCAAUCACCUCAACCACCAUCACCUGAGGAGCUGAUCCCAAUAGUUGUCACUACUCCGGUCCGCACAGCUGCACUAAUUGGGGUUGUGACACCUACCAGACAGCAGUCCACUACACCAAAAAGGCAUAUAGCCGCAGCAUCAGCGCCACAAAGCAGCCGGAAGAGAACUUUCCAGGAGCUUAUAGCCGAGUCAGCGAAGGAGCAAGCCUCUGCAGCGAAAAUUCAAGCUGAAGCUGCGCAAAAAAUGGCAGAAGCGGCUAUGAUUCAGGCUGAAUCCACCAGAUCCAUAGCAGAAACGCUUAAAGAGUUGCUCGAGAUCACAAUCAGGCAAGCACAGGCCAUUGAAAGUUUGCAAGACAAAUUUGUUUAGUUCCCUUUUUAUAUAUAUUUUUUUAUUUAAGCCACUUGACGGCGGAUAAUUUUGUUAAAUCAAAGUGUACAGUAAUUCAUAAAAGGAUAGACUCGGAGUUAAAAAAAAACUGUGGCCAUUUGUUCAACGAAAAUUUUUAAUUUGCUAAGUUUGUAUAAAAAUAUGA